AUGGCCCUUCUCGACCUGCCCACGUGUGUGCGCAGGCGCAUCUUCGAGUAUAUUCUCGUGCGCGACGACUGUCCCAUCGACUUGAGCUUCUGGGCGUCGCGGUCGUACCAGACACCCGAGGAGUUGCAGUACCAACAGCAGCAUGGCAUGCACCAGUGCUGGCGCCGCGCCAGCCAGCCCGGCCAGCAUAAACCGCACAACCGGACGUGCGUCUGUCCUGCCGUGCCCGUUGCGCUGUUGCGCGUCUGCCGGGUCGUGCACGCCGAGGCGGUGCGUGUGCUGUACGGGCAAAACCGGUUCGUGCUCCGCGGACGCACAUUCUCCCUCACGCACGGCGAUGCCGGCGGCAACGACAAUCACGACAACGACUACCGGCUGCGGCGCCUGCCAUGCGCCGACCAAUUUGCGCCGCUGCUCAUGGCCAUUCCUCUGUACGGACUGGCGAGCAUGGGCUCGCUCUUGGUGCGGCUCAACUGCUGGCCUUGUCCGCUGGGCCAUGAAGAGACAGGCUUCACGUAUCGGUACCGCACGAACCCGUUUGAACAUGUAGAGGGCGGCGUGGCAACCGGUUACUGCCGGUUCUGCAACAUGCGGUCCGACCGUGCCGACGAGCCACUUGUACUGCGGCCGGCCACAGAUGGCUCCGACGAUUCGACCGUAGCAGCAGAGGACACAGGUGCGCCUGUGCCCACCAAUGACGAGUCGAUGAUGCAAGUGUGGGACGACGUCUGCGCACGUUUGGCGGCGGCCCUCGAAACGUAUCCACAAGACAAGCCGCUCCUGGACCUGACCGUCAUCAGCGACGUGGGCAGCGUCGAGGCGGCUGAGAGAGUGGUUUCUCCGUUGAAGCGGGCCGUUCUGCCUGCAUCACGAUUGAGGGACUGCACCAUCCGACUUGGCCGGCGGCGACGGGAUUUUGAUCUAAAGGCAGUAGCCCAGCAAGCCGUCCUGGCUCUCACGACGGGUGCCGAUACGAGAACGAAUGCCACGGACACCACGGAUACGACAGCCACACAGAAAACGGAAUCCAGACACAUCUUCCCAUUCUACCGCCUACCUGCCGAGCUCCGCGUCAAGAUCCUCGAGUACACCGAUCUCGGCCGUGUCAGAGAGGUCAAGUUCCGCGACCGCCGCCCGCUGUUCCGCAGCACAACCGUCCUCGGCGCCCCCUGCUGCAGCAACUGCACGGACGCGCGCAUGGACUGCUGCUGUCCGCGCUACUAUGCGUCCGUGUCGGCGCACUGCACGUGUGUCAUCCUGCCCGUCGAGCUCUUCCUGGUGGACCGCCAAAUGUACCGCGAAGCCGCCCACGACGUCUUGUAUGCCAAGACCGCCUUUGCCUACGAGAGCGAUACGUUUGCCAUGACCUUGGAAGCGCUCCAACAGCUGACGCCGGCCACGCUCCGACGGAUGACCACGCUCCACAUUGUCGUCUCGGGCGAGCAGUUCCCCUUGUGGAGAAAGUCGAGCCGCGCAUUCUACGUCCGCCACUACAACGCAGACGGGCAGCGUGUGGUGUCCUCUGGGGCGUGGACCUACGACCCCCACCGCGGCGACACUACGUGGGCAUCGCUCAUCGCCUUCAUCCGCGACCACAUGGACCUCCCCCGCCUCACGCUCCACCUCGACGUGCGCGACUGCAUCUGGGACCGGUACGAGUUUUAUGUGCUGAGCGAGGCGGAGGACGAAAUGCCCGCGUCGUUUCACGAAGCCUACUGCAUGUACAUGGACCUGGUCACCGUGCUGUGCACGCUCGAGGAGCUCAAGGGCUUCCGGAUGCACAGCACCGUCUACUGCAACUUGGAGCCCUGGCUGGUACGGCAGGUCCUGGGCGACCGCGACCCCUACAAGGGCGGCCUUGCCAACGCCGACGUCGAGGUAUUGCAUUCACCGGCGACGAAACGCCGGCCGAAUCGGUUCAUACCGUCCUACCAUGACGUCAACAUCCCACUGCCGGGGUCCCACUGGCACCCAGAGAAGUCGAAUGCGGAUUUGGCUUGA